AGCUAAGCUCCCCUCGCGCUCGCCACGUCGUGGUGCUCCGCUAAGCGGCGCGUCGGGCCGCAUGUGGUGGUAGGAGGGGACAUAUAUAUAUAUAUAUAUAUAUAUAUAUAACUAUACUACGGCGAUAUUUAGUAUUACUAUACCUAUACAUUAUAUAGCACGCGUGCGCGUGCUCAGUGUAUACUUAUAUAUAUACCGGAUCAGAUGAUUCGGAUUCUAACCUGGUGUAGUGUCAUUGUUACGGUAUAAGAGUGUUCUUGUAUUACCAUGGAACUCCCAGAAAGCAAAGUAAAAUGUUUGGUGAACGGACAGAAUUUAAACAAAUUGGACGACGAAACGUUCAAUGAAAUAUUGAGGCUUGCUGAAUCUCACGUUUGCGGAAAAACUGACACUGAAGCACUCACUAAACUAUAUGAUUCUAAGCCGGAUAUUGUUAAAUCUGCUUAUGCAGAUAUCACAAAGUUGCUUAUUGAGACUGCACGACACGAUACAAGUUCUGAAGAGCUAAGCAGUCUAUUAAGAUGCACUACCUUAAGUAAAACCUAUAUCGAUAGAUUCUGCAAAUUUUAUGGUAAUCAUAAGGAGCAACUUCAAGAAAGUUUGGAAUCAAUUGGUAAUAGUUUGCCACACAUCAUUGACGUAGACUGGAGACUGGAUUAUUGCAUUAAGUCAAGCAUAAACAGUCCUGCUGGAGUUCCUAUUUAUAAUGUAUCACUCAGUACAAUCAAACAUGGCAAUAUUGAAAAUGUUAAAUUUACAUGUACGGUACAACAAUUACAGGAAUUAGUUUACAAAUUAAAAGAUGCAGCUAGACAUACAGAAAAGCUGACAAAUUCUUAAAAAUAUUUAUCAAGGAUCUUUUUUAUACUUUUUUAAGAAUUUGUAUAUAUAUUUUUAUAAAUAAAAUGGAGGAGCAUAGUAUAAGUCAAAUACAAAAAAAACAACAGCAAUACUGGUGCAUUCUAUUAUAUUUUUGCAUGAAAGAGGAAAAACAUCUCCUGAUCCAUAUGUAAUAACUGAUUAAAAAUACAUUACUCUCCUGUCAAAUAUUUAUCUAGAAAUUAAUAUCUUCAGACAACAAAGAAAGAUACUAUCAGUAUGUCCUUAAGUAUUAAAUACAUAAUUAUAUUAAUAAUAUAAUAAUUUUCAAUUAUCGCUUCAUAUAUAAAUUCUUUAAACAUGAUACACUAUGUACAAAUAAAUUGGAGCUGCACUCCAUUCUAAAAAAAGAAGGAUAAGUGAAUCUGUUGCAUUCAUUACUGGAUUUUCGUUUUUCAUAUCGCGUUUUACACAUGCUGUCAAUAGUUUUGUUCAAACACAUUUUCCGCAUCUGAUUCGCUUCCCAAAUUUUUCAUUA